GGUGAAUCUCCUGCACGCUCUCGCGGUUAGAUCCGCUCCUGACUGUUGGGAGAUUGCACGACGAGGCGACAAGGAGGCGACACACGCAUUCGUGAGCGAUGGGGUUCGACGUGAACCGCUUCCAGGGGGACGUAGAUGAGGAGCUCGUGUGCCCGAUAUGCUCCGGUGUGCUUGAAGAUCCCGUCCAGGUGAGCAAUGUGUUGCAGGCACCAGUGUGUGAGCAUGCCUUCUGUCGCACCUGCAUUAACGAAUGGAUAAAUCGCCAGCCUACUUGCCCUCUGGACCGCACGCCCAUCACAUCCGCUCAGCUCAGAGCAGUUCCCCGAAUCCUGAGGAAUCUACUAGCUCGCUUGUGCAUUAAUUGCGACAACAUAGUGUACGGCUGCACCGCGAUUGUUAAGCUGGACAGUCUGGCUUCACAUCUCGAACAGUGCGAGUACAAUCCAAAGAGACCAAUGCUGUGCGAGCAGGGUUGCAGUCUGAUCAUCCCCAAGAACGAGCUCAAGGACCACAACUGCGUGCGCGAGCUCCGCAACCUGAUACAGUCGCAGCAGCAGAAGCUGAACGACAUGAAGCGUGAACUCGGCGAGCAGCAGCUGCAGAUCAACGAGCACAAGCGCGAGAUACACCUGCUGAAGGACUUUAUGCGUGCGCUCCGGGUGUCGAAUCCGGCGAUGCGCGCAAUCGCUGACCAGAUGGAGAGGGACGAGGUUGUUAGAUGGUCCGCCACUUUACCGCGCGCCAGGGUCACCAGGUGGGGUGGCAUGAUCUCCACGCCCGAUGAGUUGCUACAGACGAUGAUAAAGAGAACCCUGUCGGAGUACAAUUGUCCGCCGCAUGUCAUCGACGAGCUGAUGGAGAAUUGCCACGAGAGGAAGUGGCCACCGGGCCUGAACUCCCUGGAGACCAGACAGAACUCUCGGCGGCAAUAUGACAACUACGUGUGCAAAAGAGUGCCUGGCAAACAAGCGGUGCUGGUCCUCCACUGUGAUAACACGCACAUGCCGGAGGACAUGAUGGUCGAGCCGGGCCUGGUGAUGAUCUUCGCGCAUGGCAUCGAGUAGAGUCGAAUAUCGUAUAUGACACAACAUGGAUUUUAGCAGGCUUGAACUUACGAAUGCACUUUUAUUCAUUGCACUGACAAUUUCAUUGACAAUUUCCAAAUUAUCGUGCCUACAAUCGAAUCGCCACUUGUUUAAAUGACGAUCACUAUAGCGAAACAACGUUGCGUGUAUUUUGACGGGAAGGUAAGCGCUAAGGAUAACGAUUUCCGUAAUGACAUAACGAUAUAAAGACUGAGCCGAAAACAAACUUUAUGAAAACGGACUUUUGAGAAUUUAUUGUAUAGGAAUUUGGAUUUAUUUACAAGAUGUGCCGAGUGCGGUACAACGCACAAUUAAUUACAUUACGUAUACAUAUAUAUUCACAAAAUAAAACGCUUAUAACUUUUACAAGUA